CUCCCAAACACUGAGCUAGCUCUGACAAUGUAUGCAUCAACCACAUCAUCAAUGUGGACAUUUCUGGAAAAUAUACUGCCAAGGUGUGAUGGAGAUUCUCUGUCCUUUAGGAUCCUGUCUCUUCAAUUCUCCCAUUGCCUUCUUCCUCCUCCUCAUGAUGCCCAAAAUGGCCUUAGGGCAGUUCUCAGUGAUUGGACCUGCAGGACCCAUCAAGGCCUCACUUGGGGGAGAGGCAGAGUUACCAUGUUACCUGUCCCCACCUCAGAGUGCUCAGCACAUGGAGGUGCUCUGGUUGCAAUCCACUCGGAUGGUACAUCUCUAUCGAGAUGAAAAGGAUCAGUUUGGAGACCAGGACCCUGAUUACCAAGGGAGGACGGAGCUGGUGAGAGAUGCUAUCACAAGUGGGAAUGUCACCCCUGAAGAUACUGGAUGCUAUGACAACCGCCAAACUGGAAGAAUGAGAAUGCUAAACUCUACCAGUUUUGUUUUAUGGCACAAGCUCAAAGCUGUUCACAGUCCUGGUCAUCCUCUUCUAGAUUCCCUUGGAUUAUCUGCUAGAUUUUCUUUGGGAAUCUCCAUAUUCAUUCCAUUCCAAAGACCUCAGGCUCUACAGCCUUGGGGCAUGGAACAGAAGGAGCAUGAUAGGCAUUGCUAA